AUGGAUUUGUUAAUGUUGUAUACAACAACAGCAGCAGCAGCAGCAGCAGCAGCAGCAGCUGAAGAUGAUGGCUUUGUUUAUGUCGAGUGCUCAUCAGAGAGUACACUGGGAAACUACCCUGCUGCUGCAGCAGGGGGUGCAGCAGCUGCUGCUGCUGCUGUGGAGGAUGCCGCAGCAGCAGCAGCUGCUGCUGCUGAACUGCAGCAGCAGCAGCAGCAGCAGCAGCAGCAGCAGCAGCAGCAGCAGAGGUUUGGCGAGGAGAUGCGGGAAGAGGAAAUAAUGAAGUAA